AUGAGUAAGUCUUCAUCAGCAUCAUCACUUGUGGAGGUCUCUUCUUCUCCGCUGAAUAUAGGAACCAAGUCCAAAGCUGUCUUGCUCUUUGGUGCUUCCUGGCACGAAGCGUGCCCGCAGCUGGAAGCACUCCUUUCUGCUUUGGCUGGAACCGCACCCGAUGUUUUCUUUGCAAAGAUCGAUGCAGAAGAAAACUCGGAUUUAUCUGAACAGUUUCAAGUCACCAUGGUCCCUACCAUCAUUCUAUUGAAUGGUGGUCCUACUACCGACCAUAUCAUUGUACGAAUGGAAGGAGGAUUCGAUCCUUCCCAUGUUACCAUUGGUGUUCAGCGCUUGCUCUCUGCGAACGAAGGACUGGGCUCUGCUGAAGAUAGCAGCAGUGGACCAGCUGUUCGACCUCUCCCCGAAGAUCCAGAAAAAGAAUUGGCUGCUCGGUUGGAUACACUGAUCAAGCGAGAUUCAGUUAUGUUAUUUAUGAAAGGAGAUCCAUCUGCUCCAAAGUGUGGCUUUUCUCGCGAAGCUGUGGAGCUGCUGCAAAAGCACGAGGUCCCUUUCGGGAGCUUUGACAUCCUGUCAGAUGAUUCUGUCCGUCAAGGACUCAAGAAACACUCCAACUGGCCAACGUACCCACAAAUAUACGUGAACGGAAAUUUGGUAGGUGGGUUGGACGUCUUGAAGGAGACUGCAGAAGAGGGAUCAUUGAAAGAACAAUGGGGAGUAACUGGUCCAGCUACCGUAAUCACUCCUCUUCAAGACCGGCUUGCAAGUUUGGUUAAACGAUCUGAUGUUAUGAUAUUUAUGAAGGGUCUGCCAUCUGCACCGAAAUGUGGAUUCUCGAGACAAAUGAUCGGACUACUGGACGAAUCCGGAGUUGCAUACGACGCUUUCAAUAUUCUCGAAGACAGUGAAGUUAGACAAGGCCUCAAGGAGUUCUCGAAUUGGCCAACAUAUCCUCAACUUUAUGUCAAAGGAGAACUAGUUGGCGGAUUGGAUAUCUGCAAGGAAUUGGCAGAGGAUGGUGAUUUAGUAGAUACAUUGAAACAGUAG